CAUGGUGAAAAUCAGCAAAUUGCGUUUCAAAAUAAUGUCCGACAGCGUUAAGAAAAAAAACUUACAGUAUUCUUCAUUUAAUCAUUUCGUUGCUGGUGGGAUAGGAGGAACGGUAGGUGCUGUUGUAACAUCGCCGUUUGACGUUAUCAAAACUAGACUGCAAUCGUCAGGUUUUCGACUGGGAAAAACUAAAUAUAGCAAUGUCAGUUUCGCCGGCUUUUCACAGCAAGAGUUUCAUGCCAGAACUGUUCUGUCAAAACAAUACAGUGCUAUAUUUACUUAUAUGCAAUAUAUGAUAAAGACAGAAGGUUGGCGCUCUUUAUUUCGUGGUUUAGAGCUAUAUUUAGUGGGUACAGCUCCUUCAAGAGCAAUAUACUUUGCGGUGUACUCAAAGAGUAAAAAUUUCUUGCUGAAUUGCGGUAUUCCGUCAGAGAGCUUUAUUCUACCCAUCGUUUCCUCAGUUGUUGGAGGGUUCGUAUCAUGUACAAUGACUAAUCCCAUUUGGUUUUUGAAAACUCGUUUGCAACUUGAAUGCUCACGUUAUGAAGGUAAACAGCAUGAUGGACUAUUUAGAACAAUGUGGAGAAUUUACCAAAAGGAAGGAAUUCAUAAGUUUUAUUCUGGCCUUACAGCAUCAUAUUUGGGAAUUGGGGAAACUGUUAUAAAUUUUUUGAUCUAUGAGCAACUUAAGGUAAAGAUCAACAAAUUUUGUAAUCGAGAAAGUUCAAACUCAUUUUAUGCCACAACUUUUCUGUUGGCAUCAAUUAUGUCCAAAUCAACGGCAGCUGUUAUUGGUUAUCCACAUGAGGUAUUGAGGACCAGACUCAGGCAACAAAGCAACAAGGUCCUUGGUAGGGCUAGGUACAGUUCCAUUACCCAAACCGCUAGGAUUAUCCUUAAGGAAGAGGGAUGGACAGCAUUUUAUAGUGGUCUUUGGACACAUCUAUUGAGACAAGUGCCAAAUACAGUCAUUGUUUUGUUAACCUACGAAGCUGUUGUUUAUUAUUUAGAACAAUGAGACUUCUCAAACAUUGAGUGUUUGAUUUGCAUUAACAGCACUAGAAAAUUUAAUAAUUUUAGUUGCAACUCAUAAGUUAUGAAGUAAUUACUAUGAAAGUGAUGUUAUAUGAAUGUAUUUAUGAUAUAAACACUUAGCUUUAUAUUAGGUUUAAUACCCUGUACGGUAAAUUUAUGAAUUAUUCUAUGAAGUGUUAGAUACAAUUUUAAAAACAUUUUUGCCAAUAUAGUCUGUUUGGUUCUCACUUAAAUGAAGAGAGUUUUACCUAAAGAGUGUCACAAUAACAAAUAGGACUCUUUGGCAAAAAGGUUUUCUAAAAUUCAAUUUUCAUUACAAAGGAUAUUCAAUAGCAUGCACAAGGGAUGACACAAUUUGUAAAAAUAUAUAGUUAGCAAUGAAAUUCUUUUGUAUGUAUGUGGAACACAUUAGACACAUAAAACUAGUAACUGUAUGUCAGCAUAUUUAAAAUAACACUGAACUUAAGCACCUCAAA